AUGGCAAGCGGAGCAAAAAAAAGCAGAUUAAUUGAACGAAUAUAUAGACAGCAGUGGGAAAAGGAACCUUGGGCCGAAGGUUGGCUAACGAGCAUAGGUAAUGCACCAACGGCUUACCAAAGCCCUAAUGGCGCGUGGUGUAAGCUAUGUCGAAUUAAUUUGGCCCCUCACAAAAAGGAUUUAAAACGACAUUCGGAGACUGAAAAACACAAAGGAAAAAUUAAAACCCCCACUCAAAAUACCUUGACUAAUUAUGGUUAUGUUGAUGCCGUAGCAACGCAAAAAUCAAAAAUCUUAGAUAUUAAAUUAGCUGUGUUUAUUGCUAAGCAUGCAGCGGUAACAGCAAUUGAUCAUCUAUCCGAGCUACUGAAAUCGAUUGACCAAAACAAAGUCUUGUUCGAGAACCUGAAACUUCAUCGUACAAAAUGUUCAGGCAUAAUUAAAUAUGUCGUAACACCAUGCAUAUUGAAAGAUUUGGUGGAGGCUGUUGGAAACAGCAAGUUUUCGUUAAUUGUAGACGAAUCUACCGAUAUUUCCCAAACACAGUGGAUCUGCUUCUUUCAGCAAUUCGCACAACCUACUGUCAGUACUUACUCGCAUAUCAAUUCCGGUCAAUAA